AUGUUAGGGGCCCUUUUGCAUAUUGCACCUCCGCCGCCGCCGCCCGCCUUGGCAUCUCGCCGCCGCGCCCGCCUCGCCGCCGCGCUCUCCUUCACCAGCUCCGGCCGCCCGCCCUCCAGGCCGCCGCCUCCGAGCCGCCCGUCCGCUGUUUCCUGGCCUCCCGCCGGCUGUUCUCGCCGUUCCCGGCCGCCUCCCGUCGGCCGCCCGCUUCCAGCGCCUUCGCUCGCUGGCCGCUGCUCCGCCGCCCGCCGGCUCGCUCGCCGGCCGCUGCUCGGCCGCCCGCCCUCCAGGCCGCCCGUCCGCCUCCAGGCCGCCCGGCCGUCCGUCCGCCUCCAGGCCGCCCGGCUGCUCGAGGACAAGGAUGCAGCCAAGAGUGCCGCCGAUAUCGCUCCGGCUGAUUAUGACCGGAAGGUUGAGGAGUAUUCUACUGCUGUUGCGACCUACCGGCUGGAUCUGACUGACUACACUCAGUGGAUCGAUGAUGAUGCUCUUCUAUACUCGGGUGCUGCUAUUUGGCGUCAGCUUGAUUCUCUUCGUACAGCUGUGUGUGGCACCUGUCCCUGCUGUCUGACUGUGCGCGCGGAUCUGGAGUUUCAGCGCGUUUUUGAGUUCUUGUCGCGGCUCCGCACGGAGUUUGAGCCGCGUCGUGCCCAGCUGCUUGCCCGUGGUCGUGUUCCGCUCUCUGAGGUACUCGCUAAGCUGCGCGCAGAGGAGACUCGUCUUCGUGGUGCUGGUCUUCUUGCGGUUCCCUCUGCACUUGCUGCUCGUGGUCCUCCUGUGCCGUCUGCUCGUGGUUCUCCUGUGCCGUCCCCUUCGUUGCGGUCUCCAGCACCGCCGUUACUCUCUCCUCCGCCGGUCCAGGGCCAGAGUCAGUCUCAGCAGCCUCGUGGUCCUCGUCCUCCUCGCGCCUUCGUGGCAAGGCUGGCCACGACGUCUCUGGCUGCUGGAGGAGGGACCCCAGCUUACGUCAGCAGUACCUUGAUAAGCUUGCUCGUCGGCAGGCUGGUUCUUCAGGCUCGUCUGCUGUUGCGCUGUCUGAUCAGGACAUUAUCCGUGGUCUUCGUGGUCUGCUCGCUGCUACAGGCUCUUCUUCGACGGGUACUGCUGGUUCUGUGUCUGGCUCUUCUGGCACCGCGCGACCACCACCUUCUACACAGUCAGGACCGCCGUACACAGGCCCUGGUUGGAGCUGGCCCUCGCAGCCUUGAGUCCCCGGGCCUCUGGGAGUUAGACUGGCUUCGCGUUCCUUCCGCCGACACUUCAUCUGCCAGCUCUCCUGCAGUUGCUGCUUCUGUCACUGGUUCUUUUCAGCAGUGGCAUCAUCGGCUGGGUCACCUUUGUGGCUCCCGUUUAUCGUCAUUAGUUCGUCGUGGUCUUCUGGGGUCUGUCUCAGGAGAUGUGUCUUUACAUUCGUGUCAGGGUUGUAGGUUAGGCAAACAGAUUCAGCUUCCCUAUCCUACCAGUGCGUCUGUAUCUCAGCGACCUUUUGAUUUAGUUCAUUCUGAUGUUUGGGGUCCGGCUCCCUUUGCUUCCAAAGGGGGCCAUCGAUACUAUAUUUUGUUUAUUGAUGACUUUUCCCGGUACACCUGGUUGUUUUUUAUGCGCUCUCGCAGUGAGGUGCUUUCUAUUUAUCAGCGCUUUGUGGCCAUGGUUCGUACUCAGUAUUCCACUCCCAUUCGUGUGUUUCGUGCUGACUCUGCAGGAGAGUAUAUCUCCCGAGCACUGCGUGGUGUCCUUGCUGAGCAGGGAAAAGUAUAUUCACGAUCUCCUUACUCGUGCUGCUCUUGUGGAUGA